AUGAGUGACCGAUACAGCAGACACACACGACCAAGGUCACCAACCUACAAUCCUGCGCGAGCAAGUCUCCCAGUCGAUUUGUCAUACAACAAUCAUUCUUCGGGAUCACACACCCAUCAUCAUGUCGUACCCUUAUCUCGACACGAGAACCCUCGAAGUAGCAGCUCAAGCUUCAAUUCUGCUCACGUUCCCAUUACCACAACAACAUACAAAGUCAAACCUGACCAUCGCACUGCCAGCCGCACUCGCAGCAACACGGUUGAUUCUCGACCCAAUGCACAUACCGUAUUCACAUCAAUUCCAAAGCAUCCAACGGUGGUUCAUACUUCGGUUGUGAGACCUGCCAGUCCAUCCAUGAAGAAUCCAUAUCGCGCUAGCCAGGAAGAAUAUUACACAAUUCCAGCUUCAUCUCGAAGUUCUCAUCACCACACCAGAUAUGCUUCUUUGGAUAAUGCCGACAUGAACAGAUCCUCUAGAGACUCCCACGGGCACAGAGAGCCGAGCCAUCUCCGAAUUGGCAUUCCUAGUAGCAGAGAUAUCCCUGGUUAUAUUCCUACCCCAUCAACUGCCUCAUCAUACAUACCUACUCCAAUUACUGCAUCGUACUCGACUCCAGCAUCUACUCCAUCAUACGCUACAACCACAACUACUACCACCAAACCUCGUGGGCCAGUAUACACAGCAAAUCUAGUACGUCAUCCAGAUACAGUUGCAGACGAUUACGGAGAGGAUGGUUAUGGCUACACAAAUCCCAAAGAUUUGGUUACGUAUGAUUUGAACAACAGUCAUCCAAGGCAUACGCGUAGGGAUAGUAUCGACAGUAGAACUCGACCUGCUAGUGCUAGCCUGACCAACCCUCUUGGAUUUGGGGAAGCUGUUCAAUCUCCAAGAUCUUAUGAUACCCGAGAGCGCGGCCCGCCCCCAUCUACACGUGGUUUUGACAGAAUUCAAACAUGGGACCCUCAACCAGCUUCCGCCAGAAUUCCCGUUCCCCAUGUCACACCUAUUGAACCAAUCCAACGCCCAGUUCGUAUGGAUCCACCCGCAGGCUAUGAGAGUGAUGGACCUCAAAGACGAACUUCGACCAGGCGACCUGUUUCUAUGUACCAAGAUAGAGACAGCACCAGGCAUGUCCCUAGAGAUGAAUACUAUAGUCCGAGGGAGGAAGAAAUGCGAGAACGAAAACCACAUCACCGACAGGAGAGAUAUGAUGAUUCUGUUGAACAGCGUGGCUUUGGAUUGCGCCCUGAGAGAACAGAAAGACAAGAAAGGCCUGCUAGUCGUGCUGAGAGAUCAGAAAGGCCGGCUAGUAGAGCAGAAAGACCGGAGAGAGUCGAGAAACAUGAACGAUCCGAAAGACACGACAGAUCUCCAAGAAAUGAACGUGAGGACGAUCGACGCGAGAAAAAGUCUAGCACACACGAGAAGCUUGCAACGGGACUUAGCAUAGCCUCUGCUGCUCUUGGUCUUGGAGCUAUGGCAAAUACCAUGAAGCCUGAUGAUCGUGACGAUAGAGAUGAUGAAAGAAGACGUAAGGAUUAUGGGGAUGAUUCACGCAGGAGACGUGAGCGCGGCGACAAAGAGAUGGUGGAUGUUUCAAAUGAACGUCGUCACACUGACUCCCGGGAUUCCUCUGAGUCUGAUCGACCAGAUCGCAAGGAGAGAAGGGAAAGAAGUCACCGCAACGAGAGAGAUUCUACUGAAUCUGUCGGUAGAGAAGCGAAGGAGAGACAUCACAGAGACAGAGGUGAAGUCACACCACCAUUGCCUCCUCGCCGCCGCGAAGAUGAUGAUGUACCUGAUUCGAGGAAGGAAAGAAGCCGAGAAGAAAUGCCACCCGCUUCACGUGAUGUUGCUAGAGAUGACAGAGACAGACGUUCUCCAGAUAACGACUUUGUUGACUUGAGUGGUCGAAAUCCCAAGGAAAGAUUAUCCUCACCAGAUGAUCGUCCUCGUAGCGACGCGGCAACAACUGGCGCUACCAAUGAUAAUAAUUCAGACACGUCAGAUGAAGCAACAAACCGUCAUCGCAGACCUAGACGUAUCUCUGGGGCUGCGGCUGCACCAUUCAAUCCCAGAGAUACUAUGGAUUUGAAAGCAUUGAAAGCUGCAUUGGCCGAUCAAGAUGCACCUGCUGAUAAAGAGCCUGUGCCAGUACUAGCUCCUAAACAAUCUGCCCAGGAGCCUACACUAGCCCCAUCCAACAAGCCACUUGGUAGAAAGUCUAUCACCAAAGAUAUGAGUGAGGUCGCUGAAUUAAGAGCCGAACUCAACCGUGAAGAACGAGGUCGCCGUGAAUCAUCAGCACCCACCACAGGUGAAACCAAACAAGCACGAGUUGUUUCACCACCAAGAGAGAAGGUUGAAGAGAAGCCUGAGAAGCCUGCCAUUAAGGGUAUUUUACGUCAACCACGUGAGAAAUUUCCUGAGGAUCCUUCUCCAAUUCGUGAAGGUGUCGCUCCUUUGAAAGAUGCCAAGAAGGAUGGUGUCCCUCCUGAUGCACGUUGGACCAAGAUUGCUAGAAAAUUGGUAAACCCUGCCGCUCUAGAGGUUGGAAAAGAGCGAUUCGAAGCUCGGGAUGAUUUCGUAAUUGUGCUUCGAGUGUUGAGUCGCGAAGAAAUUCAAGCUUACGCCACUGCCACUCAACAAAUUCGAGCCGCUAGAGAAGAAAGAGAAGAAGAGGCAGCUCGUGAACGUCGCCGCGCAAAACGUGAAGCCCGCGAAAGACGUAAUCGUAAACGAGAAGAGCAUGGCAGAAGUCGUCAUCAAUACAGCGAGUCUGAUUCUUCUGAUUCUUAUGAAGAUGAUAGACCAAGAAUGUUGGAACAGGCUCCUCCUGGUUCUAACAAGAGACCUGUUUUUGGUGAUGAUGCACAGAUGAGUGGUGGACUUGGCGAGAGAGAUAGGGUCGAGGUUGGGAGAUGA